UCUUGAACCCAGGACCUCGAAGCUGGUGCCGGUCACUCUCUUGACCUGAGGACGGGGGUCACGCUGCUGCUGGAGAUGGGCCUCCAAGGCCGGCACUGGACCCAUGGAGACAACAAUGAAGUGAUGUCCACCUUGGACUGCCUUGUGGGCUCCGUCUGACCUGCCUUUGGAGUCCAACCUGUGACAAGGACCUCUGAGCCAAUGGAGCAGAAAGGGGGCCGUUUGUGGCCCUGAAGAGUGACCGCCCGCCUCGGGGCCAAAGUGGAGGACCAAGCAGAGGGCCCUCCUCCCCUGGGGCCCCUUGGGUGGUCUCCUUCAACUGCUGCCCCUCUCCGGCUCCUCGGGGCCCCGAUCCGCCUGGCUCUGGACGGCAGAGGAGGAGGGGGGUGCCGGGAGCGCGGUCCGGAGCCUGAGGAGGCGGCCCCUUUCCCCACGGAUGCAGAGGUGGCCCUCUGCCCGGGGUCUCCGCCAAGGAUGCCCGCUGCCCCUCGGCCGGCUGCCCUGCGGUGAUGGCGCCCCACGGCUCCUCCCCCCGGGCCCCGCUCUGCUUCCUGCUGCUGCUGCUGCUGCUCCCGCUGCUGCUCCUGGGGGCCUCGCUCUGGGGCCUGGGCCUCUCCAUGCACCUGGAGCCCGGGGAGCCGGGGGGCGGCGGGGGCCCCGGAAGCAGCGGGCGCGUCAAGCGGGGCUGGGUCUGGAACCAGUUCUUCGUGGUGGAGGAGUACACUGGGACGGAGCCUCUGUACGUGGGGAAGAUCCACUCAGACUCGGACGAGGGGGACGGCUCCAUCAAGUACACCAUCUCCGGGGAGGGGGCCGGCACGGUCUUCCUGAUCGAUGAGCUGACGGGGGACAUCCACGCCACGGAGCGCCUGGACCGGGAGCAGAAGACCUUCUACACGCUGCGAGCCCAGGCCCGGGACAGGCAGAGCGGGCGCCUGCUGGAGCCUGAGUCCGAGUUCGUCAUCAAGGUGCAGGACAUCAACGACAGCGAGCCCCGCUUCCUGGGGGGGCCCUACAUCGGGAGCGUGGCCGAGCUCUCUCCCGUCGGUACUUCCGUGAUGCAGGUGAUGGCCUCUGACGCGGACGAUCCCACCUAUGGGAGCAGCGCCAGGUUGUUGUUCUCAAUCACUGAGGGUCGCCCGGCAGUUUCCCUUCCAUCUCCUGCAGGGAUCAUCCGGACGGCGGUGGCCAACCUGGACCGGGAGACGCAGGACCGCUACGAGGUGGUGGUCCGGGCCACGGACAUGGCUGGGCAGCUGGGUGGGCUCUCGGGCUCCACCACCGUCACCAUCGUCAUCACCGACGUCAACGACAACCCUCCGCGGUUCCCACAGAAGAUGUACCAGUUCAGCGUGGUGGAGACGGCCCCCGUGGGCACGCUCAUUGGCCGGGUGAAGGCCGAGGACUCGGACGUGGGAGAGAACACGGACAUGACCUACCAGAUCAAGGACGAGGAGGGGCUGGGCGCCUUCCGGGUGGCCACCGACAGCGACACGCAGGAGGCCCUCAUCUCGGUGCAGAAGCCGCUGAACUUCGAGGCGCAGGAGGUGCACACGGUGGUGGUGGAGGCCCUCAACAAGUUUGGGGACCCCCGCUUUGUGGACCUGGGCACCUUCCGGGACCAGGCCAUCGUGAGGGUCACCGUGCUGGACGUGGACGAGCCCCCCGAGUUCCGGCCCCCCGACAGCCUGAUGGAGGUGCAGGAGGACACCCUGGUGGGGGCCCUGGUGGGCGUGGUCACCGCUCUGGAUCCCGACGCUGCAAGGAACCCCGUCAGGUACGCUAUUGACCGCACCUCCGACCUGGAGCAGAUCUUCGACAUCGACCCCGAAACGGGUGCCAUUGUGACCAGCAAGCUGCUGGACCGGGAGACGGCCGGCUGGCACAACAUCACCAUCCUGGCCAUGGAGGCCGACAGCCAUGGGCAGGUGUCCCGGGCGCCCCUCCGCAUCCGCAUCCUGGACGUCAACGACAACCCUCCGGAGCUGGCCACCCCCUUCGAGGCCGCCGUCUGCGAGGAUGCCAAGCCCGGGCAGCUGAUCCAGACCAUCAGUGUGGUGGACCGGGACGAGCCGCAGGGUGGACAUCACUUCUACUUCACGUUGGCCCCGGAGGCUUCGGGUGAACCCCACUUCUCGCUGCUGGACGUCCAAGACAACACGGCUGCGGUGCACACCCAGCGUCCAGGGUUCAACCGCCAGGAGCAGGACCUCUUCCUGCUGCCCAUCCUGGUGGUGGACAGCGGCCCGCCCGCCCUCAGCAGCACCGGCACCCUCACCAUCCGGGUCUGCGGCUGCGACAGCGCCGGCGCCAUCCAGUCCUGCAACGCCACCGCCUUUGCCGCCGCCUCCUCGCUCAGCCCCGGGGCCCUCAUCGCCCUCCUGGUCUGCGUCCUCAUCCUCAUCGUGCUGGUGCUGCUGAUCCUGACGCUGAAGCGCCACCAGAAGGGCCACUUGGCCUCGGAGGAGGACGAGGACAUGCGCGACAACGUCAUCAAGUACAACGACGAGGGCGGCGGAGAACAGGACACGGAGGCCUACGACAUGUCUGCGCUGCGCAGCCUCUACGACUUUGGGGGGGAGGGCAAGGGGGGCGGGGGCGAGGGGGGUGGCGGGGGGGCCCUCCCCUCGGAGCUGCUGCCCCUCCCGCAGGGGACCCCCCCUCCGCUGCCGCCGGCCCCCGACCUGGACUUCUCCCUCUUCCGGGACUACAUCAGCCGCAAGGUGGGCCAGGCGGACCGGGACCCCUCGGUGCCCCCUUACGACUCCUUCCAGACCUACGCCUUUGAGGGGGGGGAGGGCUCCCCGCCCGAGUCGGCCCUCAGUUCCAUCGCCUCGCGCUCCUCCUCGGCCUCCGAGGAGCAGGACUUCUCCUUCUUGGGCGCCUGGGGGCCCCGCUUCCGGCAGCUGGCCGCGCUCUACGCCGGGGGUCGGCGCCGCGAGGACGACAAGGACCAGAGCCAGAGUAGUGGCAGCGGCAGUGGCAGCAACGGCGGGCAGCCCUAGCCCCCCUAGCCCCCCGAGGCAGAGCCAAACGGCCCAGUCCGACUGCCCACCGGACAAGGGGCGGAGGGCCACUGGGGCUCCUCUGGGGCCACCGACCGCGCAGGCGCACCACGGUCCGGCCACCUUGGCCCAGGCUGCAUUGAAUGCAAAGGGAAGCGGGAACGGCCUGGAAGAAGAAGGGAUGCGGUCCAAGAGGAAGAGGAAGAAGGGGGAAAGAGACAGAUGGAUGGGUGUGUGCCGGCCAGAGCUGCCGAUUAUCAUUUAAAUGGACUUGGGGAGCCUGGCUGACCAGGAGGAGAGAGAGAGAAGGAGGCCGGCGGGUGGGGAGCGCUUGGUUGCCCAAAUGGCUUCUGUCACUGGAUUCCCUGCUUUGGACGCGCUCCCAAGAGCCCUCACUCGCUACCUCUGACCAAUGCCCCACAAACCUUCCCUGGGGUCUCCUGCUUGAGAGACCCUCCCCACUGUUGUGUGUCUGGGGAAGGGGGGCUGGGGUGGCCAUUGGGGGUCCGUUGUGUGGGUGGAGGGGGUGGAGCACAGCGGCGACCAAGAGCCCUCUCUCGCUACCUCUGCCCCAUGCCCCACAAACCUUCCCUGGGGUCUCCUGCUUGAGAGACCCUCCCCACUGUUGUGUGUCUGGGGAAGGGGGGCUGGGGUGGCCAUUGGGGGUCCGUUGUGUGGGUGGAGGGGGUGGAGCACAGCGGCGACCAAGAGCCCUCUCUCGCUACCUCUGCCCCAUGCCCCACAAACCUUCCCUGGGGUCUCCUGCUUGAGAGACCCUCCCCACUGUUGUCUGUCUAGGGAAGGGGGGGGGGGGGCUGUGGUGGCCAUUGGGGGUUCGUUGUGUGGAGGGGGGAUUCCAAUCUCUGGCAUUUGGGAGAAAAGCCUUCCCUUGCUCCCCGUUGGUGGGGAGGGGGCCGUUCUCAGGGUCUUCUCGCCCAGCAUCAUCCCCCUCCUUCCCCCUCCUCAAAGAUCCGGCCUUCCUCUCCUGCUUGAGAGACCCUCCCCACUGUUGUCUGUCUGGGGAAGGGGU